GUUGAUCAGAAGUGCUUGACAUGUUGAAGGGAGAGUGAGAGCUUUAACCUUCUGCGAUCAUGAAGGUCUUUCAAACCAGAAUCCUGCAUCUAAAUAUAUGGGUGUUCAUUUAUUUACUGACUUAUGCAGAUUAUUCCAAAUCAAAUCAAGAGCCAAGGAUUCGGCAGCACAUCCACAAAACAGUGUUUGUGGGGGAAACAGUUACACUUCACUGCAACAAAACCCCACAUGAUGAUCAUUUAACAUGGAAAAUGAACAGCUCUGUUAUUUUUAGUUAUGACUCGACCAAUAACAGAACUAUGAGAAACUUCAGCUCAAACAGGAUUCACAUCAACACAGCCGUUCCAAGAGAUUUAAAAAUACAUCAAAUACAAGCGUCUGAUGCAGGAAACUACUCCUGUUAUCCAGCAGCAAUAAGAUGGACAUUAACAAUAACAGAAAACAGACCAGCAUCACCCAAACAAAUGCCUCUCUACAUCAUCAUCAUCUCAUGUUCUGGAGUUAUUAUGGUCUUUCUGAUAAUCACCAUCAGCUUCUGCAUUCACAGGAGAUGGAAAAACAGAAAAGAUUUAAGUCACAGAGAAACAGGACAGGACUUUUCACAGGCACCAGCCAGAGGGAGGAUACAGACUCAAACCAGUCAGUACUUUGAGAGAUACAACUCGGUGUAUGGACAAGUAUGAUGUCAUUUUUUCUUUUCUUUUCAGAAAAGUUAAACAUUUUACAUCAGAUAACUUUUUGAUAUUUAAGUAGCAAUUGCCUGUGUAACCUAAGUCAAUUGAACAAGUACACAAGGGCAGGGCUGGACUUUUGCACACACUGGUGCUACAGAGGUUGAAAGUUUUGUAUAGCACAGGCCACACAGUGUAGCACAAGUAUAAAAAACGUGUUACCAUCUCUGAAAACAGCCACGAGAAGUGCAGCCCAUCACCUAAACAGGCAUGUGACUGACAAAGGGCAUUAAUCUUCCAUACAGGACACACAAAAUACAAACCUUAACCAGAAAUAUUUUCAGACACAUUUUCUUUAUUUGCCAAAAAUGG